AUGGAGUUCAAGCACCUGUGCCUGGUAAGGUUCAAGGAGGGUGUGGUGGUGGACGACAUCAUUGAGGAGCUCACCAAGCUCGCUGGGGAGCUUGACACCGUCAAAUUCUUCGGAUGGGGAAAAGACGUGCUGAACCAGGAGGCGCUCACGCAGGGCUUCACCCACAUCUUCUCCAUGAGCUUCGCCAAGGUCGAGGACCUGGCAGCAUGCAUGGGCCACGAGAAGCACUCUGCUUUCGCCUGCCACACUGGCCACACCGACAACACUGAGGCCAUUUUUGGUUCCUCAUGA